CUCAGGUGAGGAUUUAAAAAAAAGAAAAAGAAAAAAGAACAUAAGGAGGGCAGUGGGAGUUGGGAGGGGGGAUCUUCUCACUCUUUGAGAACCCAACUCCCUUCCUCAUACUCAUGUCCUUGUUCCCUUUCCCCCAGUCUGCAGAAUUGUCUGUUCACAAUUGGAAAAUAAGAUCUUUCCUUAACUUAGUGAAGAAAAUAUGACAGUCAGAUGGCUGGAAAGACAAAUACUGUGAUAUGUAAACUAAACAAAACCAGAACUUUUGAAAGCAGUGUUUUUAGUACAUGUCAUUAUUAAGUAAUAUAACCACAAAUAAUGUUUUGGUUUCUAUAGUGCAGUUCCUCUUAUCAGAAAACCAACGUUUAUGCUGUUACCCCUAGUGCUUUUGUUUGCCUUUUGCUCACCCAGGCCUUCCUGUACCUUAUAAAAAGAUCAGGGAGCCUGGUUGAGGAUUCUGCUGCAGGAAGGCACCAGUUAAGGACUCUGGAAAGGACAGUGUCUUCUGUGCCAGUUCAUAAUGGGUUGGCUUCGGCUGUUUUUCCUCCAUCCCGUCUCCCUUUACCAAGGGACUGCUUUUCCCUUUGCACUUCUGUUUAAUUGUCUCUGCAGCACGGAUUCAUUUCCCACUCGUGCCAGGCACCUCUUUCUCCUGGCUGGAGGAGGGGCCCUGGCCUUGGCUGCUAUGGGUUCCUUUGCUGUGCUUGUCUUCAUCCCUGCUCUGGGCACCGUGGUUCUGAUCUACUCACUCGGCCCACAGGAGGUCCACAGGUGGGCUUUCCUCUUUCAGAUGAGCUGGCAGACGCUGUGUCACCUGGGUUUGCACUAUACUGAGUAUUACCUGCAGGAACCUCCUUCCACGAGGUUCUGCAUCACUCUUUCUUCCCUCAUGCUCUUGACCCAGAGGGUCACAUCCCUCUCCCUGGACAUUUGUGAGGGGAAGGUGGAGGCAGCAUCACGAGACAUCAGGAGCAGGAGCUCUUUGUCUGAGCAUCUGUGUAGGGCACUGCCCUAUUUCAGCUACUUGCUCUUUUUUCCUGGCCUCCUAGGAGGCCCUCUGUGUUCUUUCCAGAGAUUUCAGGCUUGUGUUCAAGGGUUCAGCUCUGUGGGUCCCAGGUACUCUUUCUGGGCUUUCACCUGGAAGGGUCUGCAGAUUCUGGGACUGGAGUGCCUAAUGGUGGUCAUGAGGUGGGUGGUGAGUGCAGGAGCCGGUCUGGCCGACUGCCGUCAACUCCAGUGCAUCUAUGUCAUGUGGUCCACCGCUGGGCUCUUCAAACUCACCUACUACUCCCACUGGCUCCUGGAUGACUCCCUCCUCUGUGCUGCGGGCUUUGGAUCUGAGUUUGGCGAGAGCCCUGGCGAGGAGGGAUACCUCCCUGAUGCGGACAUUUGGAUGCUAGAAACAACCCACAGGAUAUCCCUGUUCACGAGAAAAUGGAACCAAAGCACAGCUCGGUGGCUCAGACGCCUCAUAUUCCAACAGGGCAGGGCCUGGCCGUUGUUGCAGACAUUCGCCUUCUCCGCCUGGUGGCACGGACUCCACCCAGGACAGGUGUUUGGUUUCCUUUGCUGGGCUGUGAUGGUGAAAGCUGACUACCUGAUUCACACCUUUGCCAAUUUGUUUAUCAGAUCCUGGCCGAUGAGGCUACUCUACAGAACCCUCACCUGGGCCCACACCCAGCUCAUCAUUGCCUAUAUAAUGCUGGCCGUGGAGGGCAGGAGCCUCUCCUCUCUCUGGCUGCUGUGUAAUUCUUACAACAGUGUCUUUCCCAUGGUGUACUGUAUUUUGCUUUUUCUAUUAGCAAAGAGAAAGCAUAAAGUUAACUGACAUCUUUCCCCAGCCUUCAUUUUAUACAUCCAUGAAACAGAAUUUAGAAAGUGCCAGACGGUUGUUGAUGAUGCAAAUAUUUGAAU